UUCCAAUGAAGAAAGAAAUAACUGCGAAUUAAAAAGAAUUGAAUUCUUGACCUUUGAUGAACUGAUGGGGAUAUUGUUGGCAGCAUUUUCAGUAAUUGGAGGCUGCCUUACAAUCACAAUAGCACUAAUAUUCUUUGUAUAUAAAGACACUCCCAUUGUGAAAGCCAACAACUCAGAGCUGAGCUUCCUGCUGCUCUUUUCAUUGAAACUGUGUUUCCUUUGCUCUCUUACCUUCAUCGGCCGGCCCUCUAAGUGGUCCUGUAUGCUGCGCCACACUGCGUUUGGGAUCACCUUUGUCCUCUGCAUCUCAUGUGUUCUGGGAAAAACAAUAGUGGUGUUAAUGGCCUUCAGGGCUACACUUCCAGGCAGUAAUGUCAUGAAGUGGUUUGGGCCUCCCCAGCAGAGACUGAGUGUUCUUGCUUUCACUCUCAUACAGGUCCUUAUUUGUGUGCUUUGGUUAACAAUAUCCCCCCCUUUCCCCAACAAGAACAUGAAGCACUACAAAGAAAAGAUCAUUCUAGAAUGCGAUGUAGGAUCAGCAGUGGGUUUCUGGGCUGUACUGGGUUAUAUUGGGCUCCUCUCUGUAUUGUGCUUCGUUUUAGCUUUUCUGGCUCGUAAGCUGCCUGACAACUUCAAUGAAGCCAAAUUCAUCACAUUCAGCAUGCUCAUAUUCUGUGCAGUCUGGAUCACCUUUAUACCAGCUUAUGUCAGCUCACCUGGAAAGUUCACUGUAGCUGUGGAAAUAUUUGCUAUUUUAGCUUCCAGCUAUGGUUUGCUUUUCUGUAUUUUUGUCCCAAAAUGUUACAUUAUUUUACUGAAACCAGAGAAAAACACCAAAAGAAAUAUGAUGGACAAAACAUCAUGAAAAACUAUUUAAAAAUUUUCCUUGAAAAUACAUUAAGUGUCAAUUAUGUCGCUGUCUUUCUGGUCACAGAAAAUUAGUCAUGUUCUCAUCACUGAAUAACACUAAGAAAAGCGAGUCAAAUGUUUUUCAAUAAAUGUACCAAUACUGGGAGAAGUCUACAGUGCAAUGCACACAAAGAUAAAAAGGUAAAAAGUACACCAUAAUAGUAAUAUAAUGAAAGUAGUGAUGUAGCGAUUAUAUUCAUAUAAUCAUGUAAAAUGGAAAUCACACUACUAUAUAUGUAUGUAUUGUAUCAAUAUUAAAUAUAUUAAUAGCACUUGCUUUAGUUGUUGCAGUCAGUAUGUGCAGUGUACCAGGAAAAUGAGAAUGUGCAGAGACUAACUGAUGGAGUUUUCAGGUAGCUAUACUCAGAGGAGACCUGCUGCAGUUCCGCCCUGACUCCUGGUGAAUAUAGCCCGAGAGACAAACUUGUGUGUGCGUGUGUGUGUUUCAGUUCAGGCAGGGAUGUGAGAUUGGAUUGAUACUUUGGGCUCUAUUUUCCAUCCGGCACACAACGUGUUAUGAGAAAUGGUAUGUUAGUCAUGGAUUUUGACACCCCUGAGUCAUUUGGUAAUUUCGUGACUCGCCG